UAUAAAGUUGAUUUUACAAUUUAAGCUGCUAGUUAAAUUUGUAAUACUAAACUUCAGUGAAUUUUUCUUAUCGAGAAUCUUCUAAAUUAAAUGACUUAUUGAGAUAAAGUGAAUUUUAUAUAGAAUUAUUUAACUCUGCCAUUAAAUGACUUCUCAAGAUAUUCAGAUGAAAUGAAAAUACAUGGGUUUUUUUCAUCUUAGAAAUCAAGCAUUGAAAUACUUUUUAUGUGUUGAUGAAAAGCAGUUCCUAGAGGAAAAUUAUCACUGGUGGCUUUUGCAAGUGUUCAGAUACAAUGAUAAUAUAUGGUCUUAAGAAAUCAAGCUGCAAUUGACGUUUUUUAUUAUAUAAAUGAUAAGCAUUUCCUUUGGAAAUCCAUCAGUGGUAUGUUUUUAGAUCACUUUUUGAUAAAAUUCUUAUUCGGUAUAUAGAAGAUGGAGACUUCUUUGAAAGCGAAUGAAUCGGAUUUCUCUUUUGGUCAGCCUAUGGAAGCAGGUGAAAGUGAUUCGAAUUUAAAAAUUCCAAUUUCUACGGGUAGAAAAAAUUUCACAUGUGAAGAAUGUGGUAAGUCAUUUCCCCAGAAAUACCAUCUAAAUGAGCAUUAUCGAAUUCAUACAAAAGAAAAACCACACUCUUGUGAUGUAUGCCAAAGAGAAUUUUCGCAGAAAUGUAAUUUAAUUCAGCAUUAUCUAACACAUACAAAUGAAAAACCUUAUUCUUGUGAUGUGUGCAAUAAAACAUUUUCUCUGAAAUGUCGUUUAGGCGAGCAUUAUCGUACUCACACAAAUGAAAAACCAUUUUCUUGUGAUGUAUGCCAAAAAGAAUUUUGUCGGAAAGGCACUUUAAAGAGCCAUUUGCGCACUCACACGAAAGAAAAACCAUAUUCUUGUGAAAUAUGCGAUAAAAAUUUUUCUCACAAAUGCAAUUUAAUUCACCAUUUAAGAUCUCAUACAAAUGAAAAACCCUUUCCGUGUGAUUUAUGCAAUAAAGAAUUUUCUAGGAAAAGUAAUUUGAUUGAGCAUAUACGAACUCAUACAAAUGAAAAAUUGUAUUCUUGUGAUGUAUGCAAUAAAGAAUUUACUCAGAAAUGCCAUUUAUUUAGGCAUUAUCUAAGUCACACAAAGGAAAAAUUCUAUUCUUGUGAUGUAUGUAAAAAGGAAUUUUCUCUGAAAUGUAAUUUAAAAGAGCAUUAUCGAACUCAUUCGAAUGAAAAAGAAUUUUCAUGCAAUGUAUGUGGAAAGUCGUUUGCUCAGAAAUGUAAUUUACUUCAUCAUUUUCGAAUUCAUGCAACAGAAAAACCGUAUUCUUGUGAUGUUUGCAAAAAAAGUUUUUGUCAGAAAUCUUAUUUAAAAAGCCACAUUCGUAUUCACAUGAAAGGAAAAGAGUUUUCUUGUGAAAUAUGCAACAGAAAAUUUACUUAUAAAUGCAAUUUAAAUGUUCAUUAUCGAAUUCAUGGGAAAGAAAAACUCUAUACAUGUGAUGUGUGGAGAAAAGAAGGUUCUCGUGAAAGUCAUUUAAAUGGACUUUUUUCAAACGAUUGAAAAUAAUUUAUCCUUGAAUAUAUAUUCAGUACAGAAUAUUUUGAGAAAUGAUGUUUAGAAUCACAUUUUAAAAUUCAUAUAUGUGAAAAAAAAAAUUGUUCUAUAUGCUGAAAAAGAGUUUUUGUAAAUAUACCAACAUAAAUUUUCCUCAUAUGAUAUGUACAAGAAAAUAUUAAGUGAUAGCACUGCAUGAUUAAAACUCAUCCUACAUAUGCAAAUGGAAAACCUUAUUCUUGCAAUGUAUACUAAGAAUUUUCUCUGAAAGGAAUGAGUUCUGAUUCAUAAAAAAGAAAUGAACUUUUUUUUGUAGUCAUAAUAACUGAACCUUUCAUAAAUCAACCUUUUCUUAAUAACUAAAUAAUGUUAUCUGUAUAAUGCAAGUACUAUAAAAGUUUUUUCAAAAGUCACUUAACUAUGCAAUAUUGCAUUUGAAUGGAAUUUCAUUUGUACUAAAUAGUUAUUUUAUAAAGAGAAUUUUAAUUGAAUAUAUGGUGGAAUUUGAUUUCUGCAAGCAAUUUUUUCAGUCAAGCUUCAUCCAACUAUGCAGUGUGCUUCGGAGACUCAUGAGAAUGUUCAUGGAUUCAAACUUUAGAUGAAAAUCUCUAUCAUUGUUCAAGAAUGUGAAGAUCAUCAGAUUGCCUCUUAAUAUUUCGUUUUGUGUAAUAAGUGAUAACACUCUACUGACUGCAGCAGUAUUUAAUUUUGCCGAGAAAUGGUGCCAGAUCUCAAACUGAUAUUGUAUGGAAAUAUUUAUCUUUGUAGAAUAGCAUCUAAGACUGCUUACAUUACCAGGUUUUUUUUAUUGUGAAUUCUGUUACGGAUGAGCAGUGGUAUAUCUUUCCAUUUUGUAGAAAUUCAUCAAAAACUGCAAUCUUACUUAAAACUUUAUAUGCAAAAGAUGUUGCGCUUUCUUUUCUUCAUUGAAUAAUAAUAAAUUGUGUGAAUGAUGGCUAAUUUUUAUAUGUAUAAAAUACUAAAACUCCUGCACGAAUUAUGUGUAUAGAUGGAUGUGAUGUUGGAUGUCUAUUAUAUCAUUAUAAAGGCAACUCAAGUUUUCAAAUUUACGUUAGUGCAUCUAUGAAAAAUGAAAUUUAACAAGCUGGAUUUUCAGUUUGAGUAAGUGUUAUAAUUUCUGUAUAUAAGAAAAAAGAUCACACACUAUUGAAGAAUUCUUACAUUUUACAUUAUU